AUGAUGAGGAUCAAGGCUUUCUGUACGCAAAUCUGGAGUCGGGCACACCAUAACCUCGUGAAGCUGUCUCUGCGCCUGCAGAAAUUCUGGAAUGUCACCGUGAAGGGCUAUUUCGUUAAACAGGAGGAGGAGGACGAGGACAUCAUCCCUACAGCCGAGUGCAUUUUUCACAAAGAAAAAAUCCUGGUACUUGGCUACGUGCUGAAGAACACAAGUCUACCCGCUGAAAAGAGAGCCCAGGCCGCCCACAAAAUCGGACUGCUGUCCUUCACAGGAGGGAUGACGGCUUCCCAGUUCGCCGCAGAGUACAUGAAGGACGUGUACUCCUUGCUGCAGAAUGAAAAGACGAUGUCGCACAGCACCAAGAUCCUGCUGCUCCAGAGCCUGGCAUGUUGGUGCUACUUAAACCCCGCCAGCCAGAGAAAGGCCAAAGAAAUGCAGUUUAUCCCUCUGCUAAUUGAAUUCUUUGAGAAUUCCAUCCAGGCUACCACCAGAAGUGAGAUCAACAGCCACCGCCUGGUUCAGUUCUGGAUUUGCUACACCCUCUCGGCCAUGACAUGUAACAACUUGGCCAUCAUGAGGGAGCUGAAAUCCUACAGCACUCUGAAAUACCACUUGCAAAUCUUGGCUAUGGAGAACUGGUCUGGAUGGCCUGAGAAUUUUGCUGAGGUGCUGUAUUUCCUGAUCGGUUUUCACAGGAACUAG